AUGAAUGUGGUCCGGAUUCGGCCGUCUGCGGUCCCUGGGCGGCAGGAGGUUGCCGAACUAGCGGUCUCCACGGACCAGUGCACGCUGAAGCUUAGCUCACUAACUUUCUCAAUGUCUCGGUCCUUCAAGUUUGACAGGAUUUUCACCCCCUCCUACCCCAUUUCUGCAUUCUAUGAAAGCACUUGUCUAUCAAUCGCAGAGGACGUUCUUUAUGGACGGCGGUCAAUGGGAAUUGUAGUUCUAGGCUUGCCUGCAAGCGGCAAGACAUACACAUCCAUCGCCAUUGUAAGACGCACCCUUCUACUCGCGCUCAAGAAGAUAACCGAGGGCGGGUUUGUAACGUUAACUGCCAUAUACCUCAACGAGAUCGCUCCAAUGCAAGAAAAGAUACUACUGGAGCACAACUUCUGCUCCACUGACGAUUCUAUCUGCCUUGAGCGGACACUCGGAAGAGCUGUUCAAGAGUAUGCACGAGUCCAGAAUCCUCACUCAGGUUUUCUUUUGCGGAUACAAGAAAAAGGUGCGACAACGGAGCUCAAGGUCCUUGAUGCUUCGUCUCAGCAGCUGCCUCUCCUACAAGCUCUUCAUAAACAUCUUACGACGCGAUCCCUUUUGGCGUUGAGGGAGUCAAAAAUGCUUCAGCACAUGAAACCCAUUUAUCCUGGCAAGAACAUGACAUGUUCAGAGACGCAGAUUCUCACCAUUUCGUGCGUUGACUACAAUCUGAUCCACGACAAUACUAGAUUCCAGGACACAAUAAAGCAACUGGCAUUUGCUGAAACGCUGAGCUAUGUACGACAAGCACAGACUCUGACUCUCGAUAGCCUCGCUGGUGUUGCAAGUACGCUGGGAACCAGAUCUUCGAACUCCAUUGCCAUGACAAGCAUUGGCGAAGGCGUUGACAAAGGUAGCUUCAAUGCUCGCUCUAGCGUAGACGUUGCUGUCCAUCAUGAAACCGUCCACCAAGCACUGCGUGUUCAGACAGCCCUGCAAGAGAGACUCAAGGCGGUCAAAGAGCAACUUUCUCUAGUGGAGACAGCACUAUCUGAAGAAAAGGCCAGAAAUGGACUGCGUGAGAAUGAGCUGCAAGGGGAGAUUAUUGAGCUUCAGGGUAGAGUUGAAUCGUUAUUAGCCAAGAACUUUAGCUUAGAACAGGAGAACAAACUGCUCCGUGAUGAACUAGAUCAUGCAAGGCCAAGGCCUCCGUCCAUGGAUUCAGGAAUGCGGCCAAAUACAGUACGUUUCCUGCAUCAACCGGAGACAACGCAGGCGGCAGUAGGACGAGCAGAUGCUUUGAGGUCUGGCACCUUCCCAGGAAAUGUACGUAAUCAGGCGGCUUCUAUAGCUGCUUCCCAAGAUUUCUCCCGAGUGAGACCCGCAGUGGUAGCGGGUCUUUCCCUCCCGCAGAACGAAGACGAAUUUGACGCAUUUUUACUGCAGGCAGCAACUAUGAACCGAGAACUAAAGAAUAGAAGCUCAGUCAAUGUUUAA